GGCUCUUUGUUCGCCAGGCCGCUCUGGCUCAGGGCCUGGAGGUGGUUUACGGCUUUGAUGCCUUUGAACCUAUUCCCAGGUGACCCGGGCUCAAUUAGGCCCGGGCCUGAGCCGGGCUGUCAGGCAAGCCGCGUGAUCAAGGGCGGGCUGGGCCCUUUUAUUGAAGUUGAACUCCGGGCCGGGAGCGCUCGGCCUCCGCGGCCACCGCGUCGGAGCCCGGCCGCUCCCGGGGACCUUCCCCGGCUGUGAGCCGGGCACCUGGAGGCCCUCCGGCGGAGGUGGCCGUGGAACAGCGCCGGCCGCAGACCGAACCCGCCGCGGGCUUCGGGAUCCUAGACUCAGGGUCCUGGGGGGUCCCCGCGCCCAGCAACACCCGCCCCUGCUCUGAGAAGGCUCGCGGUUUAUCUGGCUUUCUGUAUCCUUCUCCAGACUUCGAAAAUGCACGUAUGGAAGGAUGAUGGAGACGGCGAGGGAAGCCUGCUUCCCGGCCUGGGGCACAGCCUUCCCUGGGCUGCCCGUCCGAGGGGCCUGCGCCCUCCCCGCCGCGCCUUGGACCGUGCGCCCCUGCUCUUUCACCAACUCCGUGUGUCUCUCAGCUUGUGUCUGGGCCCAGCUUAAAUGAAUGUGGUUGAUAGACUUGCUCCCCGAGGCUGGAGGGCAUUUAAGGAGGGCUUCCACAGCACCCAGGAAUCAUUGAAAACGGUAAACACUGUCAUUCGACCCUGCGGGGAUCCACUGCAAGGGUGGCCAGAGGAACUGCAAAAAAUGUAUGUUUCUAGUAACAAUAUUGCUAUUGUCAUUCUGAAACUGUGAGCUAAGGCAAGUCAGUUAUUAUGUUUCAGUUUUGAGAAAUCAAAAUUUCUAUCCUGGAAGAAAAGAGAUACAAAUAUGAAAUGAGAAGAAUUAGGCAUGACUGUGUAGUUCUAAACUUGUUGGAAGUAUCAGUAUCAACUCGUGAUGUAUUUUCUCUUAAACGGUGCAUUUCCUGGCCCUGACCCCUGGAAAGACCUAGAAACUUGGAUGGAUCCAGUGGCAAGGAGCACCACCAGUGUUCAAGCUGUGUUCUCUCCUGGAAGAAAGGGCUGACUUCAGAUCAGGGGAAAACCUGUGCAAGAUAAGCCUGAAGCGUCUAUCUCUCUGUGCUGGAAAGCGAGGAAGCGGCCAGUGGCUGCUGAGUCAUGGCAGGACCCAGGAGUGCACUGAAAAAUGCCUCCACAGGCCAAAGAUGGUGCAAGAGAUUUUAUGUAUGUACCCAUGAGAGACACACAGAGAGAGGCAGAGACCCAGGCAGAGGGAGAAGCAGGCUCCAUGCAGGGAGCCCGAUGCGGGACUCGAUCCCGGGACCCCAGGACCACGCCCUGAGCCGGAGGCAGAUGGUCACCCACUGAGCCACCCAGCGUCCCGAUGCAUCUGCUCUUGACAUUGGCUGAGAGGUGGGGAUACUUCUGCAUGGGGUCCAGCCAGCUUGCUGUCCGGGCCGUGCCCCGACCUGGGCUCUGGCGUCCGGGCCUCCACCGUCCGUGGAGUGGGACGCCACUCCUCCAGCCUCCUUCCACCUGCCCAAGCAUGCCUGCAGUGGACUCCUCUCCUGCUUCCUCUGAGACCUAGGUUUUGCCUCUUCUGUUCCUUCAGCCCAAUGUAGAUGGAUUCAAGGGAGAGAGCAGAAAUAAGCGUGUAUGUGCAAGCCGACAUUGUCAGUUGGAAAUUGCUGGACAUCAUUGUUUAGAAGCUGAAUGCAAGUGCAGAGAGCAGGAGGCUGCUGGGCCCUCUUGCUGCACACCUUGCAGGGCUCCGGAGGGGCUCAGUGCCCGUGUUGGCCUGUGCCUCCCUCCGUCUCUGUGCCUCUGGUGGGCAGCUGUUCUCUGCUGAUCCCUCAGGGGAGGAGACCCAGUGGCCCACAGCAGGCUGGGGUCAGGGGUGAAACCCCACCUAGUGACCCAGGAACCCAGGCUGUGAAAGCUAGCUCCUCUCUCCUGUUUCUGUUCUCCUGACAAGCACUCAUGUGCCCAGUGGGGCUGGGUCCCCCACAAGCCUGCCUCCCCAUCCUCCUCCACCAGAGGCCCUGCAGCUGUGGGGAUUGCAAGGUUAUCAUCCACAGUUGCUGGAUUUCAUUUAGCUUCACUUUAAUUCAUGAAUCAGGAAGGCAUGCUUUCUGCCCCCUGAGCCCCUUGCAAGAAAUGCAACCCAUAAAUGCAAGUCCUGGUUACCCAAAUGGAAACCUCAUUUCCGUUGUUUAAUAUAAUUUGAAUAGUUGGCUCAAAUAGAUAAAAACUCUUGCUGUCCCGCCCUGUUUGUUUUUAAUCUUCAAAUUUGUCGUUCACAUCUUGUGCCCUCUCCUCUCCUCCCCGCCCCACCCCAUCCCAUCCCCAGCCACUCCUCUUCAAACUUCACACUUUCAGACGGAGCCCAGCAGGUGCUGUUGACUGAUGGGGACAAAGAGGUGGGACUCUUGGUGGACGUCUCUCCUCACCACAUACUCUGGUUACACCCCCGUGAGAACACACACCCCACCCCGCUGUGCCCUGUGGGGAGAAGAUAAUCGAAGACAGGAGAUUACUAACAAAGAGCCUUUUAAUUAAUAAUCACUGUGUGUUUAGUAUGAUGCUGAGAAGUGGCAUGGAGUAGGAGCCCCGUGAACAGCUACUCCAGGGUGCAGCCACUUGCAGGAUAUAGAAAAGUAUGAACCAGAUUUCAGAGAAGCCUGGGGACAGAGACCAGGGGGUGUGGGGUGCUGGGAAAGACAGCAGCAAAGACAGAGCAAAUCUACCAUCAGAAGAGAGAAAAGAGCAUUCAGGCAGAGAUGAAAGUGUGUCAACGCCCACGAGGGUGAAAUGCAAAGGUGUCCCUGCAGUGGGGACAUCUCUGUGGCUGGGAUCUCAGGGAUCGGUGGCCAGCACUUUCUUGGUUGUGGUUGCAGGUGACAAAAAUACACCCUAAAUGUGCUUAACAAAAAAAGUGAAUCUGUUGGUUCGCUACUUAGGAAGGUCAGGCUCAGGCUGUCUUCAGGCUUAGCUGGAUCCAGGAGUUUCCAUGCUGUUGUGUCUCUUUUCUCCUUCUCCAUCCUUCAGCUCUGCUUCCCUCUAUGUAGGAAGCUCACUCUCUCGAUACAAGGAGGUUUUCCCUUUGUGCGUGAAGAUGACAGGUGCUCCAGGGUCUUAUCCUCCAGGGACAGCAAUGCUAAAUAAAUAGCAUCUUCUCUAGCUCCAGCAGAGAUGUCGGGCAUAGAAGCCUGACUGGCUGGACUUCACCAUGUGUCCUGGGGCCCAAGGACCCUAAUCAACCAGCUGGAUUAUAUCACUGCUCUUGUGAUAGGAUGGGACCUGAAGGGCAGGCUGGGCCAUGAAGGUGGGGAAGUUUCCACUGGGAGAGAUGCUGGAUAAACAAGGAGUGUCCACUGUGGUGUGAGGAGGUCCCACUGAGGAGGUAGAGGCCAGGCUCUCAAGGAUCUUAUAGGACAAUACUGAGUUUAGAUUUCCUGGUGGAGGCAAUGGGAACCAAAGGAGAGGUCUAAGGAAAGAGGUGGUGACCGACUUACUUUGAGAGCAGCUGGAAAAGGAAAGCCAACUAGGAGCCUGUUGCAGAAGCCCUGCCAGCCUACCAAGGAACUGGGGAACCACAGAACCACGGACUAAAAACCAUGAGGCCACAGAACCAGGAAACAUGGACUCAGGGAACCAUGGAACCAGAGAACCAGGGAAGCACAAAACCAGGGAACCAGAGAACCAGAGAACCCGGGAACUGGAGAACCUGGAACUGGGGAACCACGGAAUCAAGGAGCCACAGAACCAGGGAAUGAGGGAACCAGGGAACUGGAGACCACAGGGUCAGAGAACCAUGGAACCAGGCAAUAGGGAACCAGGGAAUCUCAGAACCAGGGAACUAGGGAACCAUGGACCCAGGGAACCAUGGAGCCAGAGAACCAGGGAAUCAGAGAACCAUGGAUCCAAGGACCCACAGAACCAGGGAACCACAGAACCAGAGAACCAGGGAACCAGAGAACCAUGGAGCCAUGGAACCAGGGAACCAGGGAACCAGGGAACUGGAGAACCAGAGAACCACAGAACCAGGGAACCACGGAACCAGGGAAGAGGGAACCAGGGAAUCUCAAAGCCAGGGAAUCAGAGAACCAUGGAACCAGGGAACCAGGGAACCAUGGAACCAGGGAACUGGAGAACCAGAGAACCGCAGAGCCAGGGAACCGUGGAACCAGAGAACCAGAGAACCACGGAACCAGGGAACCAGAGAACCAUGGACUCAAGGACCCACGGAACCAGGGAACCACAGAACCAAGGAACUAUGGAACCAGGCAACAGGGAACCAGGGAUUCUCAGAACCAGGGAACCACGGAGCCAGGGAACUGGAGAACCACAGAACUGGAGAACCAGAGAACCACAGAACCAGGGAAUCAUGGAACCAGGGAACCAGAGAAUCACGGAGCCAGGGAACCACAGAACCAGAGAACCAUGGAGCUGGAGAACCAGAGAACCACAGAACCAGGAAACCAUGGAACCAGGGAACCAGAGAACUACAGAACCAGGGAACCACAGAAUCAGGAAACUAUGGAACCAGGCAACAGGGAACCAGGGAAUCUCAGAACCAGGGAACCAUGGAGCCAGGGAACUGGAGAACCAUGGAACUAGAGAACCAGAGAACCACAGAACCAGGGAAUCAUGGAACCAGGGAACCAGAGAACCACAGAACCAGAGAACCAGGGAACUGGAGAACCACAGAACUGGAGAACCACAGAACCACAGAGCCAGGGAACCACAGAACUACGGAACCAGGGAACCAUGAAACCAUGGAACCAAGGAACUGGAGAACCACGGAACCAGGGAACCACAGAACCACAGAACCAGGGAACCACAGAACCACAGAACCAGGGAACUAUAGAACCAACAGAAUCUUAGAACCAGAGAACCAUGGAACUGGAGAACCACAGAACCACAGAACCACGGAGCCAGGGUACCACAGAACCAGGGAACCAUGGAACCAGGGAACCAGAGAACCAGGGACCGUCAGUGCUAAGAUGAGAUUGGAGGGGGACAAGUGGGAAUUAAGAAGGAGAAGAUGCAGGAUUUGACUUCUCUCAUCAUGGUUGUGAAUCCCCCAAAGUUAGGCUUGGAAUAUAGUAGAGAGGUUCCCUAUACCCAUUGCUCCUCUUGUUGUACAUAAUUAUGUUCCCACCUUGAGAUAGACUCGUUGAGAAUGAGAAACGCAGGCAAUUUAAACACUGCUCUAUCAUGUUAGAAAAAGAAAAAAGUUAAAACACAAUUACACCAGGCUGCUGUGCAGAAGGGCAGAGACAGAGCCGGAUGGUGAGGUCAAGACCCUGUGCUCUGCCAACGACAGGGGAUGACACCCCUUCCUCUCCAUGGGACUCACUUUCCCUUCUUGAGGGAGAAUGGUUUGGGUGAAUAAACCCUAAGGUUUCCUUAACACAAUGAUGUCUAGGUUCUAUUUUCUGCAACUAAAAUCCCCAUCUGCCAUAGACAUGGCCAACAAGCCCAUGAGAAAAUGCUGCGCAUCACGGACCAUCACGGAAAUACAGAUCAAAACCACAAGGAGAUCCCACCUCACCCCAGUGAGAAUGGGGAAAAUUAACAAGACG